AUUAUUGCUAUUAAAAUGAAGUUACAUCCACCAACAACAGUACUAACUGAUCAGUAUCAUCUUCAUUGUUAUUAUUAUUAUUAUUAUUGUUGUUGUUGUUGUUUCUAUUAUUAUUAGAACACACAUCUCUGAAUGCUGCUUUUGUUUUGAAAGCCCCUCAUUGCUGAGGACACCGUAAUAUCAGUUCAUCUUGCGCAUUCAACUUUUAGAUUGCAGCUCCAAAACAGCCUAAAAACAUAGUGCCACCUAUUGGACAAAAGCCGGUAACAGGGAUCUGUAUUGUCCCAGGAGGAUUCCAGAAGAAAUGCUGAAGUAAAAUAUAUUAUUUUCUACAUUUCCUCCCAGCAUUAGCUUUUUGUCAGUUCUUACCCAUUUAAAAAAAUUGAAAACAAGAAAAGUGAGGCAUAACAAUUAAACUCCUUUACUUCCUGUGUAAGACACAAGCUUUUUAUGUGACAUGAAAAUGUAUUAUGAUAAAUGAAAAUAAAGAUGGCCCUCAGUUACUUCAAGCUGCAAAUAUUCUGAUAAUGCAAAAAAUAUUUAAAAUUUUAGAAAUGUACUUUAGAAUAUGUUCUUCUGUAAUUUAAUGUAGCCAGUACUAAACUAAACAAUCCAUUGCUAUUGUAUCUUUGAUCUGUCAUGUUAUAAGAAACCUUCAGCUGAUCAUUUGUUCAUCACUUGGGAUUAGGAGAUUUUUUUUAUUCUUGAAUUAAUGAAUCAGGCAAACACCACCAAAUCCAUUCUAUACCAGGUGGUGGCAGAAAUGCUCUAGCCACCAAUCUAGAUUUCUUGUUAUGAGAUAACUUACAGAAACUGUCCGUCUGAUUUGGGUUUAAUGUGUGAGGCUCCUACUUUUCUCCAUUUGUCUUUUUUCUUUGUUUUCAAGGCCCACUAGACGCCAACACAGUAACUGAUGAACACGUAAAAAUAAACUAAAACGUGUCUAAUUUAUUUAAUUAAAAUGAAAAAAAUAUAUAAAAAAUGAACACAAUGUAUACAAAUACAUAACACAAAACAAAUUUGAAUGAAAAGGAACAAAUAGAACAAAUACAUGUAUAAUUUCUGCCUCUUUAAAAAAAGGGAAAUUAUUAACACAUUCUAAAUUUUAAUUGUCAGACAUACACAGAAUAUUUUUUCACCACAGUCAUUUAAUGCUCUCUGGACACAGGACAUGGAAACAGUGAGGCAACAAGAGACACAGAACUGGAGGGGUUUAAAUACAAGAGGGCUGGGAGCUUGGGUGAUUGGGAAACGAGAGGCAGGCGGGAGCAAUCAACAGAGACACAGGCUGAACCAAAAGGGAGACAGGACAGGGUGUGACACAUUUUAGUUGUGAAUCUCUUUCAACAUGUAAACACUGACUCUCUUUUGAAACAUUUUCUGAAUAUUAGUUGGUAAAAUGCUUGUGUUUUCUCUGUACAUUGUUUGCAAUAUGUUUCAAUCUACCAAGUCAUGGAAUUUCUGUAUUUUAUAUUUGAUGAAUAUUUAGAACAUUGUUAACUGUUUCAUACAAAACAAACAAAAGUUCUAAAUGUUAUUGUUUUCUUGCAGCUUAAAUCUAAAACCAGUGUUCUAUGUUCUGUCCCAUUUAGUACUGGGAUCUCUUUCAUUUAAUUGAAACAAUCUGAUUUAACAUCAGUCUUGAAAAAGAGAAUUUGUAAAUCAGCAUGUUUCAUCUUAAGCCCGCACGCUUCAUCUCUUCCUAGAGCGUGGUAUACUUUAGCCCUCCCGUUUGCUUGUGCAGCUUUGUCUCCGUGCCUCAUCCUGACUGUCUUUACUCCCAGCUGGAACCCAGUUCCUGCUGACUUUGUUGCUGGACGAUUUGUCCAAACAGAGAUGAGUUGCUCAACAUAUUCCGAUAGCAAGUGUGAGUAAUUUGGCCAUGUCCCUGACUGAGCUCAUGUGUUUGGGCUGUCAUUGUUCUUCUUCAGUCCUUUUAUUAACGGCUGACUUGGCAUUUUCCUGUUUGGAGUGGAAGUUCCUAUCUCUCCAUCUCUGAGCAUCCGCUUCUCAAGCUGUACUCGUAUAAAUGAAAUAAUAUUUCAUUGGCAAAGGUUAUAAGAAAAGCAAAGUGUGUGCUAUGACAACUUGCAUGACAAAGCAAAUCUUUACUUUUUAUGUUACAUUCUGCGCUUGGUUUCCACAAAGUUUUCAGAAUGCAUUUUGCAGAGGUGUGACCAAGUCACUCCUUUGCAAGUCACAAGUAAAUCACAAGUCUUUCCAUUCAAUUCUCGAGUCAAGUCCAAGUCAAAGACGUCCAAGUCGAGAAUAAAUAAAUUCCAGAAAUAAAGCUUCUUAAAGCUUAAUUUAUUUGCUCAAACAAGCAGAAAGUGCAACUGAAAUAGAUUAUAGACAAAGUGCUGCUGCAUUUAGCCGUACAAGAUCACACCCAGAAUGAAGAAUGAUUUGAUUUUUGUCCAUGUCGUGCCAUUUUUGUGCUAAAAUAUCAAAUAUGCUCAAGUCAUCAUCAAGUCAACAGAUGUAAGUCGAUUCAAGUCGCAAGUCAUUGGCAUUCAAAUCUGAGUCAAGUCGUAAGUCUUUAUAGAUUUUAUCAAGUCAAGUCAGAUGUCAUUAAAAUAAUGACUCGAGUCUGGCUCGAGUCCAAGUCAUGUGGCUCAAGUCCACAGUAUUUUGGUCUUUUCAAAAUAAAAGAAGAAUUUACACAUUUUUGGUAGAAAGUCUUUCCAUGGAAAUUAGCCAAUAUGAAGACAUAAAAAGUCAAUAUUUAGCCCUUCGUCAGCCAAACAGAGCAAGUAUACAACAGCUGUCUGUACUUCAGAGUUGCUUUUUCCAGAUUGUUCCAAAGGUAUGUGGAUCAGCGUCUAUUUUAGAAACAUCUGUGGAAUUAAAUUAGUGCAUGAGGUUACUAGACCCCCACCACUGGGUACUCGUGACCAAAUUCUGUAUACACAUAAAGGUGACACUAUCAAAGACUACAGCAGCCUUCUUUUCGUUUGCAUUGGUUCAUUUUUGUAAAAUCAAACUUGACAAUAAUGCAUGCAAGAGAAAAUAUAACCUCAAAGAUAUUUAUUUAAUAUUACAUUUUUAUUACUUUUUAUUGUCAUUGCACAGGUGUACAACAAAAUUGACUUUGCACUCAUUAAAGACAGCUCACAUAGGGAGGUAAGUGAAAAAAAAACCAAGGCUAAAAUAGAAGUUUCUCUUUCUCUCACCCACACAUACACACUCACACACACGCACGCAUACGCACACAUAUGUUUAUUCGCACAUACAGUCAGUUUAAGGUGCAAAAAAAAUUAAAAGUAUAAAUGUAUACAUGGUAAUGAGACAAGUCUAAAACUAUAAAGUGAAAUAUAAAGUAAACAUAAUAUAAACAUAAACAGUCACAUGUUGAGGUAUCAGGAAGAACUAGCUUAAUGCUUUGUCCAGCAGAAUCACUGUUACUGACCUCCUAGCAGCAACAUUCAGUUCAGUGAUGGCUCUUGUAUAAAAGCUGUUCAACAGCCUGGUGGUGGAUGUUUUUAUUGCCCUGUAUCAUUUACCAGAUGAAGAAGUUUGACGGCAUGGUUAUCAGGGUGGGUUUAGUCCUUUAGGAUAUUUGUGGUUUUUCAAAGGCAGUGAGUGGUGAAAAUGUCAUCCAGGGCACGCAGGUGUGUGUUUGUUAUGUUCUCUGCAGUUUUGAUUACUCUCUGCAGGGCCUUCCUGUCAGCUGCAGAGCUGCUGCUGUACCACACCAGGAUACUGUUGGUCAGGACACUCUCUAUGGAGCAGUGAUAAAACCACAUCAGCAGUUCUUGUGGCAGCAAACAAGCUGACUGUCAGAUCAGUCCAGUGGCAGCAUGUGGAAUGGUGGGGGUUGUCCGGAGGAGGUGGGGUCUGUCCCAUGUGUCGGCCGCCUGAUGGAGAGAAGAGGGGAACGGCACGGUGGGAAUGAAAAGACACGGUGCUGUGCAGUCUAGAGACUGCAGACAUCCAGCACAGAGCGACUUGAAUGUGUUAAAAAGCUGCAGCAGAAUGGACUACUGAUGAGGCUGGUUCCCAAAUAAAAUCCUUGGAACUGGAUAUUUUUGAACUACCAAACAUGUGAUUGGAUUACAGACAUUUCCAUCAAGAGAGUCGACCCUCGUCAUGGGAUUUCUGGGAAAUAUUUUACUCCUUGUUUCAUCUCUGUCACUUCAUGCCAUGGCUUUGACUGUAGGAAAUGUCAGUGAAAGAGACACAACACAGUUCCUCACACCACCCUCUCAUAAAGCUCGUGAAUCAAACUUGGCUCAAGGUAAUGCUAUGUUUGGACUGGAGAACACUGACUUCCUGAGUCAACUUGUGAGCUGGCCCUCAUCGUCAUCUGAGGAUACGGACAGACAAGGCGUGCUUGGUGAAUACAGCGAGGAGAGCACCGAGACUUACCCAGACAGAGGAUCGACAACGAGAGAGGAUACUACCCUCAAGGAGAUUGACCAGACAUCACAGUCUUCAUUAGGAAAUCAGCCACAGAAACUUAAUCACUGGCAAACAUUUAAUUUUCCAUCGUCCGAGAAGAUCAAUGUAUCUGAUUUAAAUCAGAGCACAGAGAAUGAGCCAGCAAUCACAACACUCCAAAAUGAGAUAAUUGAGAGUCAAUUACCUUUUCUUCUACAUGGAUCAUUUCCAAGUCCUGUAGAGUCUGCUGGAUCUGGGGGUAAGUCUGGGCAGCAUUCCCCAUCAGCAGUCAGCAACAACUGGGAAUGGACUAAAGGCUCACCUGCUUCCACACGAGGAAAGCCAAAUGUAUCAGAUGAUGGAACAGAUCAGAGACACACAAAAACAACCACAGAUGACUCCAGGAAAACCAGCCUGAACUUCUCCAAGACCAGUGGUACCUCUUUAUCUGGGAGUAACACAGAUAUGUCCACCACAACCUGCAAGACCUCCGAUCAGACCUGGACCCCCACCUACUCAGAUGAUUUUACUCCCGGCGAGCCCUUGAGCCCCUCCCUGACUCUCAACCCUGCUCUUCUAGUCCCUCUUUAUUCAGACUGGAACUCUGCCUUUGCAACUUGGGGGUUUGCAUGGGAAGCACACAUCUAUGGUCUGGGGGCAAUCUUCACUCUGUUUGGCCUAAACUCUGGAAUCUGUCUGUUGGGCUUACCCAUACGGUGUCCUCCAGGAUUUCAGUAUUUCACAAUGCUGCACUUCUUCAUUUUGGGGUUUGCUGGGAUCCAAGCUUUUACUUUGGUCUACGAUGCUUACAGCUCUCAAGAUCGACUCCCACUUCUGGCGACUCAGCUGAUUUCUGAACUGCCAUUGCCAUGUUUGAUUUCAACAUUCUCCUUUGCCUUUCUUCUCCUUUCCUUGCACACACGCAGCCAUCUUUCACUCCCACAUGCUAUUUCUACCUCUUGCUCAGCCUUGCCCAAACCUUACCUUUUACUAUUCAUGUGUCUGUUGUAUUUUAUGCUUUCACUUGGAUGUUUUGGUCUUCUCCAGCUUUUCCAAGGUCUCCCUAUUGUGAUUCUUCUUUUCCCACAUGUUAUAUUUGUCUUCCUCACCAUCUUUUUAUCAUUCUCCUACCUUAUCUUCUAUUGCUUAAGGCUUGUAAACAAUAAGCAUAUUUAUAGGCUGAAUGACAGUGGAGAGACUGGAGGAUCCCCUGAAAUAACACGACAAACAAGAUGUCCCUUUUCCAAAGUAGAGGACUGGGAAAGGGCAGCAGGAGCUGGAUUAGGAAGCUCACUGUGCUUGCUUGGAUGUGGAGGUCUUCAGCUUUACGGGAUUCUUCAUGUGCUUGGUUUUGGUGGGGUAGAUGGUUACGGGUUCCAACCAUGGCCUUGGUGGGGCUAUCAGAUAGGUUGCAGAUUCUGUGAGGCUGGGGUGUGUCUAGGUUUGUCCAUUAUUGGCACAUAUCCAAUAUUCUGCAGCAACAACUCUUCUAUCAAGACUUUGACCAAUCCCCGACCAGGAUCAUGGUCCCGUCUGUCUUACAGUUCCCCUUUACGAGAGCUCAAUGUUCCCUCUGAAGAUGAACCACAUUCUCCGGUACUUUCUUCUCAUGAAACCUGGCCCCAAAGUAAGGAGGAGAAGUUGGUUGUCUGUGAAGAUGUCACCAAGAGGCAAUCAGAGGUUCUUCCACUUUGUUCACUGGUGGAACCUCCAGCAAAUGGAAUAAACGUUGAUCACAAGCUUGGUGAAAAACAAAGUACUAUUCCCACACUUACACCAAACCCCCCCAAAAAAUCUAAAACCAUGGAUGUGUCUCAGCAAUCACUGAAUAGCGUGGGUGCAGACUCAACCAGCGACUUUCGACCUCCAUCUCCAAUAGAUUUGUCCCGCAGUAUUGACCAAGCUCUGUUCAAUGAAUCUUUAUUUUCUCACAGUAUAUUUGGUCCACAAAGACUGUCCCAAGGUUCAUCAAGUGUCUCUUUGAGCUCUCCUAAAGCUACAGUGAUAGAAGGACCUAGCUCUGUUGGAGAUUCCCUUUUCAGAACCUCUUCAUGUGGAAAAGUGGAUCAGGAGAAAUGCAUGUCCAAUUUCAGAGCCUCCAAACCAUAUGGAAGUUUGGCUUCUCGUUCCAAUCCACCAAUGCCACCAGAGCAACAUGAUUGGAAAGGGAGCAUCAGUGGCUCAACCCAGGGUUUGUGCACUUUCCCCAAAGAAACUGGAAAGUUGCGUUCAAAUUCAUGGACUAAUAGGGGGCAAAACUUUUCUCAAAGCAACUUCCCGCGAGGAAUCCCCCACCUGUCUUACCAUAGGCGAUACCGAACCCUGAGCUUGGCCUCCAAGGACAGUCAGGGGUCUUGCCGGUUAGCAGGGACUAAACACCUCAGUGAAAGCAAGCAGCUGGAAUGGGAUACGGCUGUCCAAGCAGAGUUUGUUCAUGUGUGCAAGCAAAUUGAUGCCCUGAGUGUUUGCAGUGAUACCAUUGACUUGUAGAAAAUGUUUUUGUCAAAACAUAAGAAUAU